ACGGGGUCGACGGACGCUCGGCGGCCGUAGCGCCCCGUCAGUCACGUGGUCACGUGACGCGCUCCAACAUGGCGGCGCCGUGGGGCCGCGGCGUCGCUUCCUGACGGGGCGGCGCGGACGGACGCGGCCGGUGGUGGCCGGGACGCCGGGCCCGCAGCGUCGCUCGCCCGCUUGUUCGCACCGCCAGCCCGCGGGGCUGCCAGCCCCCGCCGGGCCGGGGCCAUGCAGGAGAGCCAGACCAAGAGCAUGUUCGUGUCUCGGGCCCUGGAGAAGAUCCUAGCCGACAAGGAGGUGAAGCGGCCCCAGCACUCCCAGCUGCGCAGGGCCUGCCAGGUGGCGCUCGAUGAAAUUAAAGCAGAAAUAGAAAAGCAGAGGCGUGGCGCUGCUGCACCCCCGAAGGCAAACUUCAUCGAAGCCGACAAGUAUUUCCUUCCGUUUGAGCUAGCUUGCCAGUCCAAGUCCCCCCGGGUGGUCAGCACAUCCCUCGACUGCUUGCAGAAACUCAUCGCAUAUGGGCACAUCACCGGCAACGCCCCGGACAGUGGAGCCCCAGGGAAGCGGCUUAUCGACAGGAUUGUUGAAACCAUUUGCAACUGCUUUCAGGGCCCUCAGACCGAUGAAGGAGUUCAGUUACAAAUAAUUAAGGCUCUUCUGACAGCGGUGACGUCCCCACACAUUGAAAUUCAUGAGGGUACUAUUCUGCAGACAGUUAGGACGUGUUACAAUAUCUAUUUGGCCAGCAAAAAUCUCAUCAAUCAAACCACUGCCAAGGCUACCCUUACUCAGAUGCUGAACGUCAUUUUCACCCGCAUGGAAAACCAAGUGUUGCAGGAGGCCAGAGAAUUGGAAAAACCAGUCCAGUCAAAACCCCAGUCCCCUGUGAUCCAAGCUGCAACAGUGUCCCCAAAGUUCAGUCAUUUGAAGCAGAGCCAGGCACAAAGCAAACCAACGACUCCUGAAAAGACAGAUUUAACUAAUGGUGAACAUGCCAGGAGUGGUUCUGGAAAAGAGAGCUCAGAGAACGGAGAUGCACCUGGUGAAAGAGGCCCGUCGCUGUCAGGGACUGAUGACGGAGCCCAGGAGGUGGUCAAGGAGAUCUUAGAAGAUGUGGUCACAUCUGCUGUUAAAGAAGCAGCACAAAAGCACCGUCUGACAGAACCUGAGAGGGUCCCAGGUGAAAUGGAGUGCCAGGAGUGUGCUGUGCCCCCAGCAGCUGAUGAAGAUUCACAGACCAAUGGGAUAGCGGACGACAGGCAGUCCUUGUCAUCAGCGGAUAAUCUGGAAUCAGAUGCACAGGGACAUCAGGUGGCUGCUAGGUUCUCUCACAUUCUCCAGAAGGACGCCUUCCUGGUGUUUCGCUCCCUUUGCAAGCUGUCCAUGAAGCCCCUUGGUGAAGGCCCCCCAGAUCCAAAAUCCCACGAGCUGCGCUCCAAGGUGGUCUCCCUGCAGCUGCUCCUGUCCGUGCUGCAGAACGCUGGCCCCGUCUUCAGGACUCACGAGAUGUUCAUCAACGCAAUCAAGCAGUAUCUCUGUGUGGCGUUGUCCAAAAACGGCGUCUCUUCAGUGCCUGAUGUCUUUGAGCUCUCUCUUGCCAUUUUUCUUACUCUUCUCUCAAACUUUAAAAUGCACUUGAAAAUGCAGAUAGAGGUCUUUUUCAAAGAGAUUUUCCUGAACAUUUUAGAAACAUCAACAAGUUCUUUUGAGCACAGGUGGAUGGUCAUUCAGACUCUGACAAGGAUCUGUGCAGAUGCCCAGUGUGUUGUAGAUAUUUACGUCAACUACGACUGUGAUUUAAAUGCUGCUAACAUUUUUGAGCGCCUCGUAAACGAUUUAUCCAAAAUCGCUCAGGGAAGAAGUGGACAUGAGCUGGGAAUGACACCUCUGCAGGAGCUCAGUCUGAGGAAGAAAGGUUUGGAGUGCCUCGUGUCCAUUCUCAAGUGCAUGGUGGAAUGGAGCAAAGACCUGUAUGUCAAUCCCAACCACCAGACCAGCCUCGGUCAGGAGAGGCCCACAGAUCAGGAAAUGGGGGACGGGAAAGGCCUUGACAUGGCCAGACGGAGCAGUGUGACAUCCAUGGAGUCCACAGUGUCCUCAGGGACCCAGAUGGCUGUCCAAGAUGAUCCGGAGCAGUUUGAGGUCAUCAAGCAACAAAAGGAGAUUAUUGAACACGGCAUCGAGCUUUUCAACAAGAAACCCAAGAGAGGGAUCCAGUUCCUUCAGGAGCAGGGCAUGCUGGGAACGUCCAUCGAAGAUAUUGCCCAAUUCCUGCACCAGGAGGAGCGCCUUGAUUCUACCCAAGUAGGUGAUUUUCUGGGAGAGAGCACGAGGUUCAACAAGGAAGUGAUGUAUGCCUACGUGGACCAACUUGACUUCUGUGAAAAGGAGUUUGUCUCAGCCCUGCGGACAUUUCUGGAAGGUUUCCGCCUACCUGGGGAAGCCCAGAAGAUUGAUCGAUUGAUGGAGAAGUUUGCAGCGAGAUACAUAGAGUGCAACCAGGGGCAAACCCUAUUUGCUAGUGCUGACACUGCAUAUGUCCUAGCAUACUCCAUUAUCAUGCUAACUACAGACUUGCACAGCCCUCAGGUAAAAAAUAAAAUGACAAAAGAACAGUAUAUUAAAAUGAAUCGGGGUAUCAAUGAUAGUAAAGACCUACCGGAAGAAUACCUCUCAAGCAUAUAUGAAGAAAUAGAAGGCAAGAAAAUUGCAAUGAAAGAAACAAAAGAGCAUACGAUCGCAACCAAAUCAACUAAGCAGAGCGUAGCUAGUGAAAAACAGCGACGGCUGCUGUACAAUCUGGAGAUGGAGCAAAUGGCUAGAACAGCCAAGGCCCUGAUGGAGGCCGUGAGCCAUGCCAAAGCCCCGUUCACAAGUGCCACACACUUGGACCACGUCCGGCCAAUGUUCAAGCUGGUGUGGACACCACUGCUGGCCGCCUAUAGCAUCGGACUGCAGAACUGUGACGACACAGAAGUGGCCUCCCUGUGCUUGGAGGGCAUCCGGUGUGCAGUCCGGAUUGCCUGCAUCUUUGGAAUGCAGCUGGAGCGAGACGCCUAUGUUCAGGCUCUUGCUCGCUUCUCCCUGCUGACGGCCAGCUCCAGCAUCACAGAAAUGAAGCAGAAAAACAUCGACACCAUAAAGACGCUUAUUACGGUGGCACACACCGAUGGCAACUACCUUGGGAAUUCCUGGCAUGAGAUCUUGAAAUGCAUCAGCCAGCUGGAGCUUGCUCAGCUCAUAGGAACCGGUGUGAAAACCCGCUACUUGUCUGGAUCUGGACGUGAAAGAGAAGGGAGCCUGAAGAGCCACACGUUGGCAGGAGAAGAGUUCAUGGGCCUUGGCCUUGGUAAUUUGGUGAGUGGUGGCGUGGAUAAAAGACAGAUGGCCAGCUUCCAGGAGUCAGUUGGUGAGACCAGCUCGCAGAGUGUGGUUGUAGCUGUGGACAGAAUUUUUACUGGAUCUACCAGACUGGAUGGAAAUGCCAUAGUUGACUUUGUCCGCUGGUUGUGUGCCGUGUCCAUGGACGAGCUGGCCUCCCCCCACCACCCCCGCAUGUUCAGCUUGCAGAAGAUCGUGGAGAUCUCAUACUACAACAUGAAUCGGAUUCGGCUGCAAUGGUCCCGAAUAUGGCAUGUGAUUGGAGAUCACUUCAAUAAGGUUGGCUGUAACCCCAAUGAAGAUGUGGCCAUCUUUGCUGUUGACUCCUUAAGGCAGCUCUCUAUGAAGUUUCUCGAGAAAGGAGAAUUAGCCAACUUCCGUUUCCAGAAAGAUUUUCUGAGGCCCUUUGAGCAUAUCAUGAAGAAAAACAGGUCUCCGACCAUCCGGGACAUGGUGAUCCGCUGCAUCGCCCAGAUGGUGAACUCCCAGGCGGCCAACAUCCGCUCAGGCUGGAAGAACAUCUUUGCCGUGUUCCACCAGGCAGCCUCGGAUCACGACGGGAACAUUGUGGAGCUGGCCUUCCAGACCACGGGCCACAUUGUCACAACUAUUUUCCAGCACCAUUUCCCUGCAGCCAUCGACUCCUUUCAGGAUGCUGUCAAGUGCUUAUCAGAGUUUGCCUGCAAUGCCGCCUUCCCGGACACCAGCAUGGAGGCCAUCCGGCUCAUCCGCUUCUGUGGGAAAUAUGUCUCUGAGAGGCCUCGGGUGCUACAAGAAUACACAAGUGACGACAUGAAUGUGGCUCCUGGCGACCGGGUCUGGGUCCGAGGCUGGUUCCCCAUCCUGUUCGAGCUCUCCUGCAUCAUUAAUAGAUGCAAGCUGGAUGUUCGGACAAGAGGACUCACGGUCAUGUUCGAGAUCAUGAAGAGCUAUGGCCACACCUUUGAGAAGCACUGGUGGCAGGACCUGUUCAGAAUUGUGUUCAGGAUUUUUGACAAUAUGAAACUCCCUGAGCAGCAGUCAGAGAAAUCCGAGUGGAUGACGACAACGUGCAAUCACGCACUCUAUGCUAUUUGUGACGUGUUCACCCAGUUUUAUGAAGCUCUGAACGAAGUUCUUCUUUCUGAUGUGUUUGCACAGUUGCAGUGGUGUGUAAAACAAGAUAAUGAGCAGUUGGCUCGCUCCGGUACAAAUUGCUUAGAAAACUUAGUGAUAUCCAAUGGGGAGAAAUUCAGUCCCGACGUCUGGGAUGAAACGUGCAGUUGUAUGCUGGAUAUCUUCAAGACAACCAUUCCACACGUUUUGCUGACAUGGAGACCUGUAGGGAUGGAGGAAGAUCCAUCGGAGAAACACUUGGAUGUGGAUCUGGACCGCCAGUCUCUGAGCAGCAUAGAUAGAAAUGCCUCUGAGAGAGGCCAGAGUCAACUCUCUAACCCGACCGAUGACAGCUGGAAAGGUAGACCAUAUGCAAAUCAGAAACUGUUUGCCAGCCUCCUCAUCAAGUGUGUGGUCCAGCUGGAAUUGAUACAGACCAUUGACAACAUCGUCUUCUACCCUGCAACAAGCAAAAAAGAAGAUGCAGAACACAUGGUUGCUGCCCAGCAAGACACGCUGGAUGCAGAUAUCCACAUAGAGACAGAGGACCAGGGCAUGUAUAAGUGCAUGUCUUCCCAGCACCUCUUCAAGCUGCUGGACUGCUUGCAGGAGUCCCAUUCGUUCUCAAAGGCCUUCAACUCCAAUUACGAGCAACGGACUGUCCUGUGGCGAGCAGGUUUUAAAGGCAAAUCUAAACCCAAUCUUCUAAAGCAAGAAACCAGCAGCCUGGCCUGUUGUUUGAGGAUCCUGUUUCGGAUGUAUGUUGACGAGAACCGCAGGGAUUCCUGGGAUGAAAUCCAGCAGCGACUUUUAACCGUGUGCAGUGAGGCCCUUGCCUAUUUCAUCACCGUGAAUUCGGAAAGCCAUCGGGAGGCCUGGACAAGUCUUCUGUUGUUACUUCUAACAAAAACCCUCAAAAUAAACGAUGACAAGUUUAAAGCACACGCUUCUAUGUACUACCCCUACUUGUGUGAAAUUAUGCAGUUUGACCUCAUCCCUGAGCUCCGAGCAGUCCUGCGCAAGUUCUUCCUGCGGAUAGGCGUUGUGUAUAAGAUCUGGAUUCCAGAAGAGCCGUCACAGCUACCGGGGACACUGUCACCAGUGUGGUAGCCCCGGCCCCGGCGGGCCACUGCUGCAGCUCUGCAGAACGCUCACCAUGCCACCUCUGCCUGGCACAUCUCGUGAAGGGUCAGAUCUUAGAAACGAGGAGUCGGCCUCUGGGAGCUCAGAACGGCCUGGAGGAAGCCGGCCACUGCGCUGGCCCCAUUGGUCCCUGACUAAGACGUUGUGCCGUUUCAUUCAAGUGUUGCAUACCCAGUUAACACAGUAGGUGGGGAGUCUGUUUCCUCUCCGUCAUUCCAUUUUACUGAUUAAACUGUCAAACCUGUCACUGCACAUGUGGUCAUUUCCUAGCAGAGUCCCACGAUUGGCUGUCCGUGUUUUGUCCGAGGAAGUUGCUCUCCUUGAAAACACUGAACAUAGCUGUAUAGGUUUGUGAUUAUUAGAGAGUAUGUUAAUAAAAUUUCUUGUUGUAACGGCUAAGUGCCACCUAAAAUAUGCUGGAUUUUUUGUUGUUGUUUGAGCGUGUUGGAGAAUUUUGAGUGUUUUUGUCAGUUGUGAGUCAGCUGUAGUUAAAUUAGUUUGGAGAAAGUUAGUGGGGAAAAGGGUUGUUGCCUUUUUUUUUUCUGUUUUGUUAACGUCUGAGUGAUUUUUAAAUUACUUUAUGAAAAGAUAUUAUUGAAAAUUUCAUUGACAGCAGAGUUUAGUAAUUAAGUUAGAAGUAAGAGCUUGCAAGGUUAAAAAACAAAAACAGGUAGUGCCUCCUGGCUCUCCCUUUUUGAGUAACUUGGGGAGAAAACGUCUGUAGGAAAAAGUAAAAAAUGUAAUGAAGAUGAUUAGCCUUCCUUUGAAAUAAGUAUUUGUGGAUGGGUAUUGAAAUUUCCAGAAUGCAUUGUCCAUCUCACACAUUGAAACCUAAUCUAUGAAGUAGUAACAAAAAUGAAGUAGUAAUUUAACAGAGUUAAUUUAUAUUUGAGUAAACCUUUUAUUUUUACCUCAGAACAGCGCGUGUACCAAUUGUUAGCGUCCCUGCUGUGCACAGUCCCCGUUAAAGGGCCCUCGAGAGGGACGGUGGCUGUGCGUGACAGGGGUCGUCUGUGAACCUUGAGUCGUUGACCCGCAGUAGGCCUGUGCUGUUGUGGGGCCAGCACAGCUGAACUGUGACCGCGGCAGGAGAUGGCCCAUGCCCAAGUGCUUCCGUCAACUUGAGCUCAGGGGCUGCGUUCUUUGGGAAGGGUGGACUCUGGGGCUCCUCCCGUGUUGGUGAAGUCGCAGUACCCCUCACCGCCCUUAGAACGGAGUCCUGACGCGGCAGCUUCUGUAAAGGUUUGCAGUACACAGGCAGGGCCUGACGCCUGCAAGCAGUCUGUUUGGAAGCUGAAUUUAUUCUGAGUCAGCGAGAAAGAGGACACACGCUUCACUCUGCCCCCUCAUCCAGUGCUCACCACAAGCCGCACUCAGCAUUAGAAAAAGCGUUACACAGAGUCAUUAAAACAUUCAGACUUCUACCUAUGCCCUCUCGUCCUGUAAAUUGGGUUGUAUUGAUGUCAACUCUGGUGCCUUAGAAGUUAGCAAGUUGGGAAACUAUCUAAAAUCAGCUAUGUUUUCUUUAUAGAGAAGGAUUUCUGGUGCUUUUGUUUACUAAGAGACCGGUUUCUUCAACGUUUUUUGUUUGUAACAGCCUUGAGAAAUGUCUGGUUUGGGCCAGCAGUACUUUUUUUUUUUUUUUUCUUUCCCCCAAAGUAUUUUAAUUUCUCUACCAAAGAAAAAAAGAGCAGGUUUAGGUUUUUAUGUUAUUCACAUACAUUAGAGAAGAGGAGCUGUAUAAUUUAGGAGGAAGGGACCGUGGGAGAGUAUCUUACCGUGAAUGGAAAAUAUUAGCACCUUUGACUUACCUGUCCUGAAAUCCAUGACAUCUUUACGCCGCAGCACGGAACAUGUGUUCUAGACCCAUCCCUGGUACUGUAGCCCGUCACAGCCUCAACAAGUCCGUGCCAUCAUCCGCCUUUGUAUUAAAAGUACACACAGGAAUGCGCGUGUCCCUUCGUACUUCUGUUUUCUGUACCAUAUCGCCGCGUUCCCGACUGGAGACUUUUCCUUUCCUUCUGGGGUUCCCGUGUGACAUUUUCUUCAUCAUCUCUGACUGCAUCACCAGUCAUUUUUGCCUCCUUUUGCAGAGCAGGAAAUGUUUGAGCGCAUUUUGUUACAUGCUGAAACACUCAGCCUUGGAGUUUUUUUAAACUUUGUCUUUUAAAAGAUUGGAUUCUCUGAAUGAGGCAUUUGAAUUGUACCAGCACGGACCUUUUGGAAACAGGGAUGUAAAACCAUUUGGGGUAGCUUUUCUCGUAGGGGGCCCGUGACAUACAGAGGAAUUCCUUACCUCUACUAAUAAGCCAUUCAGCCUAAAUUCUAUUUUGUGAAUCAGUCUGUUCUAUCUCAUGGUAAACGUGGCUUGUGCCACUCAAACACUAGUGAAAAGAGUGCGUAUAACUCUGCAGCACCGGGCCAGGACGCCGUUCACAAAGUUAGAGAAGAUGGAGCAUUUCCAAGGCCUUAUUUCUUUCUCAGAAUGCUUUAAGUAUUGAUUAUAUGUGCUGGGUCUCUAGAGAAGUUUUGUUUGUUAUAAUACUGCUACUUUGAGCAAUUUUGUUUUCUCUUCAUUGUCCUUUAGGGCAAUCACCAGCUCUGGCAUCGUAACAACAAACGGUGGAUGGGAAAUUUGAUUCCUAAUCUGCAUCUUGAGAGUCAAAUACACCUUUUCCCUGUUACUCGUCACGUACAACCAAAGAACUACAUUAUGGAAAUUGUAUGAUAAUAUCUGGAAACACAACCUUUUCCUCUGACAGAUGACUUUUGUACAACAUGCAAAAAAAAAAAAAAAAAAAAAAAAAAAACCUAAACCUUUUUGUUGUUCUUUUGUCAUUAUGGCUAUACAUUUUGUAGCCGUCACAGUUCUUGAAGGAACCUGCUGACAGAUACAAGUAUGAGCACCCCAUUCAGAUGUCUGCUGUUACGAUGCAAACGGAUAUUGGCUGAGACAGAAGCUAGAUCCUUAGUACCACGUUUUCUGAGUUCUGUUUUACCAUUUCUGUUAAAGUAGAAAUAGCUUGAACUCCUGUGAAAUCCUGGAGUUUUGCUAUCAGCAGCUUUGUAGUUUGAGAAACAAAGAAACCAAAGCUGAAUAUUUAAAAGAAUGAUUAUAUCUGGAAAUCCUUGCUCUCAAAGACACUCAUCAAAGGUGUAGUUUUUCUCAGUGUUCUAAUUUUUAAAAAAUUUUAUCUUCAUAUUUGCAUCAAAUAUUUCUUUAUGUGCAAAAAUGUGUUUUACCUCCUUAAAAUGCCUAAAAAGUUAGUUAAUAGCUACUUUUGUUUAAUCUAUACAUGAUGAUUAAGUGCAUUUAAUAUUGGUAAUUUAAUGAAAAGCAUUCCUUGCCCAAUGGAUGUAUACAUUUUUGAAAGAAUAAGCCGAAUUAUAUAAUAUGAAAUGCUAUGUAAAGUUUUCUAUGUAAAAAUAUUAUGUAUAAUACUGUUAAAAUCCCAUGCUUUAAUCAGGUGAUAAAUCAAUAAAGUUUUAAAAAAUA